AUGGCAACUCCACGGGCAGCACUUCCCCAGACCCAUCGAGCACUUAGACUUCAUUCCACUCGAGAUCCCUACGACAUCUCAGUAGUCACCCAGGAUACUCCUCAGGCAUGUCCCGGAAGUGCUGUGAUCCGCGUCCUGUCAGCUGGCGUCUUAACGUACGCAGACCGAGUUUACAGUGGUCAAAAACCUUACCCCUAUCCUGAGCCUUUCGUCAUUGGUUCUAGUGCUAUCGGUCGCGUUGCCGCCGUCGGCCCAGAUGCAACUUCUCUUAACCUUGGACAAUUGGUCUUUUUUGACAGCUUUAUCCAGGGGCGAGACAACCCCAGCGCCCUUAUCCUCCAUGGUCUGUCAGGAGGGUUUGGCUCUGCGAGUAAUAUGCUCAUGGAAGGUGAGUGGCGAGACGGUACCUACGCGGAGUACGCCAAAGUUCCUCUGGAGAAUUGCUUCCCAUUAGACGAGAACCGGCUCAUAGGCAACCCUGCUGAAGGGGGUCUCGGACACUCAAUGAAAGAUUUGGCCUACCUGUGGACCAUCUCAGUUCCAUUUGGAGGACUUCAAGAUAUAGCUGUCAGAGCUGGCGAAAAGGUCAUCAUUAGCCCUGCUGCUGGAACUUUCGGAAGCGCUGCUGUUCUCGCUGCUCUGACCAUGGGGGCUCAGGUUAUCGCCGUCGGUCGCAACCAGGAAACGCUGAACAAGGUGAAGGCUUUGAACCCUGAGCGAAUCAGAACAGUUCUAAAUACUGGAAACGUCGAGGAUGACGUCAAAGAGCUGACCAAGGAUGGUCCGGCGGAUGCUUUCUUCGACAUCUCACCCGGCAAAGCUAUCAAUAGCACUCACUUCAAGAGCUGCAUCAUGUCACUUCGUCGCGGUGGACGGGUGAGCUUGAUGGGCGCACAUCACGAACUGGAACUACCGGCUAUGUUCAUCGUGAUCAAUGAUAUUACGGUCAAGGGGAAGUGGAUGUAUACGAAGGAUGAUAUGCGCAAUAUAAUCAAGCUGGUGGAGGCAGGGUAUCUGAAGCUUGAUGCAGUACAGACUGUUGGUAACUUUCCCAUGGAGAAGUUCGCGGAGGCAUUUGAUAAGGCAGCCAAAAUUAGUAACCCUCUGUCGCAGGUGCUCAUUUCACCUUGA